AUGACGGAAAUUACGUGGAUACCAGAGCCAACGAAACAACUUACGUCGCAGGCUAUUGAUGUAGACCAAGCCAUCGUUGAACAAGGAAUCCCACGUGCCAUUGCUUGGGGCACAUACGUAUCUGAUCCAAGCAAGCACUUCUAUCUCGCUGAAUUUAUGGAGAUGAUCGAAGAUCUCCCGGACAUUCGUAAAUUCUCUGCCAUGCUUGCUAAACUCCAUCACGACAGCAUGGUGGACCCGAAAGCUCCGACGAAGUUCGGUUACCAUGUCAUGACCCACGAAGGAAGUAUGUAUCAGGAUCUGACAUGGAGUGAGACAUGGGAGGAGCUCUACAGCCGCCGCUUUCAGUCCUUUGUCGACCAGGAGUUGGUAUCGCAGGGCCCAAGUGAAGAGAUUGAAAGACUGGUACUUGGUCUCAAAGAGAAGGUCAUUCCUCGCCUUCUUCGACCCCUGAACACUCAUGGUCGAAGUCUCAAACCCGUUGCACUCCAUGGCAACAUUUGGUGCGGUAACAUGGGUACCAAUGCAGCUACCGGUGACCCAGUAUACUUUGACCCAUCUGUAUUUUGGGGUCAUAAUGAAUGUAAGCAGCUACUCUAUUGUUGA